ACACGCCUCUCCUGCAGCGACCGAGGGCUGGCUCGGGCAUGACAGUUUGAAUGGGCCCCACGGUGCCCUAUUGCGACCCAUCACGAUCCAUCAAAGUACUUGAUUCGCGCAGAGCCAAAGAAUGCACAAGUCUUUGUGCCUCUGUAAUUGACACGCCUCUCCUGCAGCGACCGAGGGCUGGCUCGGGCAUGACAGUUUGAAUGGGCCCCACGGUGCCCUAUUGCGACCCAUCACGAUCCAUCAAAGUACUUGAUUCGCGCAGAGCCAAAGAAUGCAAAAGUCUUUGUGUGUAGACUCUUGCUCAAACAUAGCAAGCGGUGUGCGCAGAGCUUGCUGAAGUGGAAAAGAGCCCGCCUGGAAGGCCCCUUCGAAGGAGUUGCACAUGUUGGGGCAGAGGAUGUUUCCCACGCAGCAGCAUAGUGAGCAACGAAAUGAAGGACAUUUACCCGGGUCAGCCCGAGCUGACAUGCUCCCGGUUUGGCCUUUACUCUAGGCCCCUAGGUUUGGCAAUGCGGAUCAAGUUCAGUGCGCGCAGCUCGCAACAGGCAAUGUGCUUCGCGGUAAGCUGCUUUCCCGGCGGCUUCCAGAGGAUUCAAUUUGUUUUCUUUUGAUCAAGCUUGGGAAGCAGAAUCCUUGACUCUUGGCAGUCACCGCCUGCUCAGCUUUGCAGCUGACCCCGAGCCACAAGCGGACUUCGCAAGUUUGAGUGGCCCCAAGCAGAAGUCUUUCAAUGAGGAUGCAAGUUUUGCAGCUCAAGCUGUCUCAUAGCCGUUGCCACUUGUGUGAAAGGACUUGGAGACAGAUGGCUCUCCAGCAGCGCUGCCGAUGGCCCCUCCAAAGAAAGAGCCAGAGCUGACAUGUCUCAAACACCAUCCACGUGCCAGCCAGGUGCUUGAGUUUGCCAUGGUGAACUCAGCUCCGUUCAGACAGCAAUCUGAAACCUGCUGGAAAGCCCCGGUCUUUGGAAAUUGGCAGUCAAGCAGUAGUGCCCCAAGCCUUUCAAGGGCAUGUGCUGCAAAAAGGGCAUGAAACGACAACGUUCAUCUGCGUUCCUCGCACGCAGCAACCAUAACAUAUAAACACAAGGGUGGGAUUUUUGUUUGAUGCCCUUUGACGCGGUGCGCUGCGGCAAGCGUGUGAGGUUAAUGCAUUUGUGAGCGGGCCUAGUCGCCUUGAGCAUUUUGGGCAGAUUGCGGCAACCUAUGUCGCAAUCAACAUGCCCUUUCUUUGAUACCGUUGAGCUGCCCUCUUCAGUCUCUGCAUUCAGAGCUUCAUUUCGUGGCAAACGACAAACUUUGCUGAGCAGGAACCCGCUCACUGCUCCUUACCUGGUCAGGCCCCUGGAAUGCUGCAAAUAGAAGCGCCAGCUUUGACCUAUGACUGCAGAUGAGAAGCUCUUGCAGGUCCGCAACUGGAAAUUUACUGUAGAAGCCCAUUCUGGCAGAGACUUGCCUGCUCUUGUUUCAACUGGGAGGGAACUAUGGUUCAGCUGCAACAUUCUUCUUUUCCGCAAGGCAGCGUCUAACCAUAGGAGCCUAAGCACGCUUUGCAAAAAGCUGAGAUUUCGUGGCAAAGAAGAGCAGUGCAUUGUGCAUGGACGGAGAAACAAGCUCCGCAGCCGAUCUGCAAACCCGGCGUUGGCGCUGUUCUUUUCUUGCAUUGCUUCAGACAAUGCCCUUGUCGGGCUUGCCGCCAGAAAAUUGCUGAGCAGUUUGCCACGUCAAAUUUUGACGUCCCGCCAGCGGCCUGCCAACCUCAGUGGCAGGGUGGGAGCCUUCAUUGCAAUGAAGGCCUGUGGGAACAGGUUGCUGGGUGUUCUGCAAAGCCGGAAGAUGCUUGGGUGGAGAUUGGGCGCAAGUCAGUCAACCUGCAAGGCGCACACUUAGAGGGGAAAACCCCGUAGGCCCCGACCGUGCUGAAUGCCUUGGCAGGUUGUUUCCGGUUUGGCGCUGGCUUUUCAACAUUUAUCGCCGCGCAGGCUUGCCUUUUGUAUCUUGCCGCCGCGCUUUUCGACCCUUUGCGGCCUCAAAAGCUUUGGUUUCCAUUGCCAGCUUUGAGGGGCUGGCCAUGUUCUCCGGCAUGUGACCCUGUGACGUGCAAAGAGUCGUGCGUGUUCUUCGUCACGGUAAGUUAACAUUUGUCGCAGAUUUCGGGUGUUUGUGCCGCCAAAACGGGACCUUCAGGCAUUGAACGGCAACGUUCGUCUGCCUUCAGUCACACGCAGCAGCCAUAUAGGAUAGAUUCCUUCCUAAAGACGACAGUGCAGCAUCCUUUCUGUACUGCAGUCAGGGUUUGUGACAACAACGUUGACGGCAAAACCAAACGCAUGCCACCCAGGUCACCCAGGUGCUUGAGCUUGCCAUGCUGAAAUCAGCUCCAUGCAGACCGCAAUCUGAAACCUAUGGGAAAGCCCCGGCAGCAACCCGCCCGUCAAGCAGGGCUGCAUGAAACGACAACGUUCAUCGUUCCUGACACGCAGUCAGUGCCUCGGCCAGCUCUUGCUGAAACGC